UAUGAAUUUGACAAAUGCAAUUUGUAAAUACGUAAUACAACUAGUGGAUUAUUUUAAUAUACUUAGGAAAAAGGCUUCGUAUCAUAAGUAAACAAAAUUUUAAUCACGCAAUGUUAUGAGGUAAACUAUCGCCAGUUAAAUCAAAGGUUGUAUAAUUUGAAGUACUUACUGGGAAGAAAGGAUGGAACAACUCCCUACUGAACUCAUCGAACUCAUAUUAGCAAGUGGUAGAUUGACUAUACAAGAUGUACUUAAUUUUAGUACGACCUGUUCAAAUUAUAGAAACGUAGUGUGUAACAGCAAUUUCGUAUGGAAGCACAAAUUCAUGCAAAAAUGGCCACAGUUUUUGCCAUUGUUUAGUAAAGAGUUCAGCGAGUGGUUUAAGGAAACAAUUUUUAUUUACGAAUUAUCGAAACGUACUCAUGCUAUGUUGUCUACUAUGUCUGAGAGAUUUUAUAAAAAGAGUGAACUGUCCAACUGUGAUAUGGGGGAGUGGGCGUUGUUAAUGGACGAGAUGCCUAGAAUAUAUCAUUAUGUAGCCUUCGAUUUAAUGACGAUUAUACAUUGCGAUGAGCCGAUUAGAAGUUUUCAAGUUGUACCUGUUGAGUAAGUGUCAUGCAUAUACCAUGUGAUCAAA